GGCAGUGUUCAAUAUUUGAAUGGAGGAGAAAUCCUGUUGCUGAAAUUUGAAUCGGAACAAGUGCGCUCUCUCCGUCUCCGUCUUCCCCCUCCUCCUCCUCCAUAGUUACCAACUAGAGCUAUUUAGGGUUAGGGUUUCCACCUUUCAGCGAUUCCGAGGGCUUCUCUCACUAUCCACACUAGGAUUCCCUUUCGUUUUAACACCUAAUCUGAAAAGCCCUCACUCUUAUCGUUCGCAGAUGGAUGCUCUCUAUUCAAAGCUCUACGACAAGUACUCCAAAAUCAAGACCAAAAAGUUUUCCGAAUUGGAUCAACAAAAUAAAGAUCAAGAAGACAAGUUUUUGAACUAUAUCCAAGUUGCGGAGGAGUACAUUCAACAUGUGAAAAGUGAAAAUGAGCAGUUGCAUUCGCAGCUUAAUGACCUUAGAAGUGAAGUGGCUUCUCUCAGGUCCGCAAAAGAUGAACAAUGUACUGAGUACCAGAAGCUUUUGAUGGAAGAAAACAGGAAAAAUAAAGAGCUUUCUGAAGAAGUAACAAAGCUCCAAAAGAUGCUACAGGCGGAAACCUUUAGCAGAAGGAAGGAUAGCAACACAGACAAUGAGGAAUUAUGUAUGUCUGGUGGUGGUGAAGUAUCAGGAGAACCAGGCAGUAGCUCAAAGAGAAGAGAUACAAAUAAACGUAAGAGGCAUUCUGGGGUGGAGACAGGGGACAUCAAUAUGCCUUUUAGGAGCCAUGAUGAUAGUGCAAUACCAAGAGAAUCUGCAAAGGACUUGCACAAGGAAGCUGUGCUUAGGGAAUCUCUUGUUGGUUCUCAUAAGACCAAUGUAAACUUUCAGCCACAGUGCUGUAGAAAUCUUGAAGGAUCAGGUGGCAGUGUGGCUGUCACAUCUAACUGCCUGUUUCAAGAGCUUAAUGAGUACGUGUGGGGCUUAAAGUUCUCCAUUGUUGAUCAAACUGAAGAAACAUGCAUUUCAGCAGUGCAUCAAUCAAGCGGUUACUCCUUCACUCUGACAUGGGUGAACAGAGCUACAGGGGAAAGGCCAGAACUAGUGUACCGUUGUUUAUCCUUGGGGACUUUUGAGAGGGUAGCGCCAGAGUGGAUGACUGAUGAGCUUAUGUUUAGCACAACCAUGUGCCCUAUCUUCUUCGAAAGGGUAUCCCGUGUUGUUAAGAUGUCCUAGUUAGUUCCCCUAUAUCCCAGUUUUUUCUGUACAAAUCUGGCGGUGAAGUUCUCUAGUUGUUCUCGUACAGUAACUAAUGUGACAGUGAGCUGCCAACAUUUAAUCAUCCUGCUUAUUUAACAGUGUGUCGCCAUCUGUGCAGCACUUGUAAAGUAAAAGAUCUCCUUUUGUCAUGGAAACUGAUGGGGUUUAGUUUUUGAUUUUUUUUUUAUGAGGCAUCCAAGGCAUUUCUGUAGAUGCUGCAGCUGAUGUCUUGGCUAAGCAGAGCUUUGAACCAAGCAAAGUUCCCUACUUAUGUGUUAACCUCGACAUAUCCAAUGUAUCGUAAUUUGUCAUUCAUUUUA